GUGUAUCAUCUGGAAAAAAUGUUGAGUUCAUGUUGAUCAUGUUUGUUCGCCUCGUUUCAUUGUCAACAAAAGUCCUCCUGUUCGCGAGAUUAAUUAUUUUUAUACCAAGUUAUGAGACGAGCAAAUUCAGUAACGUAGCUUAAUAGUAAAUGUUUCCGAAAAGCGAGGGUAUGUAAAUCAUUUUUCAAAAACAGCAACAAAAACAAAACGCAUCAGCGAACAAAGCUUUGACACACAGCAGAGUGGCAGCUUUUUACCUGAAAUUGAAAUGACUCUUUAAAAAAUGGAGUACACCAGGCCCGAGUCACCAGGGUCAGAGGAGGCGCGUCCGCCUAAAGUGCCAAAGGCUCUGCCGGUGUUGCAGCCAUCCGAGCUGGACUCGGGUGUCUCAAGUUGCAUUGAGACCAAUUAUUGCAUACCCUCGUAUCUAUCUGAGGCAAUGAAGAUGAUGCAAAUGAUGCGCUCUCACAAAAUGCUGACGGAUGUUGUGCUCGAAGUUGGCUCAGAACUGAUCCAUGCUCAUAAAGUGGUUCUCGCCGCCGCUAGCCCUUAUUUUAAAGCUAUGUUCACUGGUGGUCUGCGAGAAUCUGACAUGGAGCGAGUCAAACUGCAGGGCGUUUGUCCCACAGCAAUGGCUGCCAUUGUCCGAUUCAUGUACACUGGCAUUGUGAAUGUGUCCGAACUCACCGUCUGUCAACUCCUACCAGCUGCCACUAUGUUCCAGAUUAACGAUGUGAUUGACGCUUGUUGCUCCUUUCUCGAGAGACAGUUGGACCCUUCAAAUGCAAUUGGCAUAUCAUCAUUUGCCCAACAACAUGGCUGUGAUGACUUGUUUUGGAAAGCACAGCACUUUAUUGAGAGAUAUUUUACACAAGUGUGCCAAGAGGAAGAGUUCCUUCAAUUAUCUCCCACACAACUAGUGAACCUGAUCAAGAGAGAUGGCCUCAACGUUCAAGAGGAGAUGCAAGUUUAUGAAGCGGUGAUCAAGUGGGUUCGUUAUGACGAGGAGAACCGAUCACCAAAAAUGGAGAAUAUUCUGUCGUCGGUGCGAUGUCAGUUUCUCACACCAACUUUUCUAAAGCAGCAAAUGAACAACUGUGAUGUUCUUAAACGGCUUCCAGCGUGCAGAGAGUAUCUGGCUAAAAUUUUUAAGGACUUAACGUUGCAUAAAGCUCCGUGCGAAAAAGAGAGAAAGCCUAACACGCCUAGAUUAAUUUACAUUGCUGGUGGAUACUUGAGGCAUAGUUUAGACAAAUUAGAGGCCUAUAAUGUUGAUAAUCAGACUUGGAGAGAGCUUGCAAAAUUGCCUGUGCCAAGAUCAGGUCUUGGUGGAGCAUUUUUAAAGGGGGUCUUUUACGCUGUUGGUGGCAGAAACAACACACCUGGCUCUAAUCAGGACUCCGACUGGGUCGACAAGUACUGUCCAGCACAGAAUCAGUGGAAGAGGUGUGCUCCGCUCUCCGUCCCUCGCAACCGUGUAGGUGUUGCUGUCAUGGAUUGUCUGGUAUAUGCAGUGGGUGGUUCAGCAGGGUGUGAAUGUCAUAAGUCUGUUGAGAAAUACGACCCUGAAGAGGAUAAAUGGAGUCCGAUUGCUCCAAUGCACCAAGCACGUCUGGGAGUUGGUGUUGCUGUGGUGAAUAGAUUGCUCUACGCUAUUGGUGGUUAUGAUGGAAAAGAUAGACUGGACACAGCCGAGUGUUAUCACCCUGAAAAUGAUGCCUGGCACAUGGUGGCGUCAAUGAGCACCAAGAGAAGUGGAGCUGGCGUUGUAGCCUUGGGCAACAUGAUUUAUGUUGUUGGCGGAUAUGAUGGGAGCAAUCAGCUCAACACUGUCGAAAGAUACAACACACAGACCAAUGAGUGGGAACAAAUUGCACCAAUGUCGGAAGCACGCAGCGCUUUAAGCGUGACUGCCUUGGAUGGGAAAAUCUACGCAAUGGGGGGCUAUGGUGGCCAAGGGCAGUCAUUUUUGACAAUUGUUGAAGUGUUCGACCCAGAAAGAAACGUGUGGCAGCUUGGCACAGAGCUCACUUGUGGCAGGUCGGGUCACGCGUCUGCCGUAUCAUACCACCAAUGCCUGGUGCAUCGAGACCAACAAAGCACAAAACCAGACUGACGAAAAAUGAAAUAAUCUUAGAUGUUCAAGAUGCAAUAACCCUCUCAAUUUCUUCCUGCUGGCUCUUAAUGAAUGUGAGAGACACAUAGUUUUUUAUGAAGCCCUCUCCUCAAGGCAUUUUUGUGAAUGAUGAGCUAGUCAGUUAAGUCAGUGUUUAAAAUACAGUGUGUUGAUAUGCAAUGUA